GCCUAACAUAUUACGAAUGUCAUCAUCGUUUCAGCAAACUAACGUAUUACGAAUAUCAUCAACAUCAUCAAAGAACCCCUGGAACUCAACUGGGGAAAAGAGAGCGGCAUCCACGCCCCACCGACAACCAAUUAACGUGUCGGCAAACGUCUAAACAAAAUGUGUGCCAAGUGGUGGCGUUCGUCGCGUUUCUCUUGCAUGCGUGGCAGCUCACGACUGCCAUCACGCCAUGUGUGUGAAGGCACAAAGGUAGACUGCCACGUAUAACUAGAGUGGCACACUCACAGAUACUUAGACUAUCUACUUAGGUGUGGUUAGCCGAUCGUGGUGGCUCUUAGCCAGUUUGAAAGAAGGGCAUAGAGCUAUCAGCCUAAUCCUAACAAGAACUCCGUUAACGCUAAAAGAUGUGACAGCUCCAGGCCAGAGGGUAAAGAUGGUUCUUUCUCGACAAAAAUUCUAUACAAUACUCUUGGCAACGGUACUCUGUUCACUAGGGUAUUUGACGUGGGUGAAGAAUCUGCCAUCGAUUUUGACCAACACUCUGAAGAGAGGUCAAGAACAGGAAAAUGCGGUAGGUGACGAGAGCUGGCUCAAAGGACCCAUAGAGGCCGACGAUCCGAGGCUCCUGAAGGUGAUCAGAGAUAGGUAUUUGAUCCCACCGUCGACUCUUCCUUACAAUCUGUCGUCGCCUGAGGAAACGAGAAGAUACUACCCCUCAAGUAAUGUCUCCAGUUUCCACUUCAUUGAUUACAACGUCAAAUAUUUCUUUGGGGACCAGAAGACGGGCGUCUUCCUCGACUCGGGGGCUCUCGAGGGCGACAUCUUCUCGAACUCCCUUUGGCUGGAAAAAGAACGAGGAUGGACCGGUAUCCUGGUGGAGGUCGACCCCAACAAUUUCCGUCACCUUGUACAGAAGAGGAGGAAGUCCUGGCUCUCCAAUACUUGUAUUGCGAGGGGCCCGUACCCUCAGCAGGUCAACUUCGAGUUCUUGGAUGGCCCUCCCACCCAUGGUAUGCUGUGGGUUUAUCGCUCUAACUCUAGAGCAAUAGAUUCGCCCUUCUUCGGCGGCCAGGACCACUGGAGCAAAACCGCCAAUAAGACUUACAAAGUGAUGCAGUGUCUCCCUUUAGCUUCUUACUUCUUGGCCCUGAACCUCAAAACACUGGACUUCCUGUCCCUCGACAUCCAGGGCUUUGAGGCGGAUAUUCUUCGUUCGAUUCCCUACGACAAAGUCAAAGUGAGACUCAUGGCUGUGGAAUAUUAUUACGAGGAAGAUGACGGUCGUCUCAGCGGUGGUAAAGUUGACCCUAAACUUGUCAGAUUUAUGGCAGGAAAAGGCUACGUCCUCGUCGACUUUGACCCUGAGGGUAAUUACAUCUUUGCACUAAAAGACGACCCGCAGCUGAAACAGAAACUAGAUGAAAAGAAGUAUGUUAAAUAUUAUACAAUGCUGAACAACAGAAACAAACCAAAGCAAUAGUCAAGAAGUUGCAUUUUCUCGGCAAUUCAUCAAUAAUGAGCUCAUUUAUUUUUCUGUUCAUAGAGAGUUUUACAGAAAAUUUUAAUUUUCAAUUUAUUUUUCAGAUUUAACGUUGUUUUAAUUGAAUGACACUUGUAUGAAGCCAAAGGCACAGCGCUAAAGAUUUCUCAUAAUAUAAAGACCUAAAAUUGCCAUUGUUUAUUGAAAUAUGCAUACUACAGGUAUCAUUCCGAGCUCACUUCUAUGCAUUGAAGGAUGACCCAAGAUGAAAAGUGUGUCAAAUGUUUUGAUGAAAACGUUUUUCGAUGUCUUUUUGGAAUCUGACUAAAGUUGUCUUUAUGUAGGUAUAGUACCAUUAAGAUACACAUGAGCAGUAUCCGCCCCGUCCCAUCCCAUCCAUUUUCCGUGGCCGAUACUAUUUAGGAAUGUAUUAUUUAGAACCUACCUCGGAAAGGCAUACACAACUAAUACAUAACAUUUUACAUUCAUCAUACAGUAUGUUGAAGUAUGUUUUCUCCCUCUUUAUGUCCCUCUUUCUCUAAUGAAAGUGAUUUUAAUACUUUAACCUAGACGCCUCCAAAGACUUAGGAACAACAAAAGAGACAACAUACGCUAUUGUUGCACGGUUUGUGAUCAAAAGUGUAGUAUGAGCUGCUGUACCUAGACAUUAUCUUUAUUUAUUAAAAGAGAACUUAAUCAGCUUUUUACUUUAUCGUUGCUGUGAUGAUUGGAUAGUUCGAUACACUGCAUAAGGGGAUUAGUGAACACAGUGGAGUGAUUGUCUAAGGCACUGAAAUAUGGUGAUUGUUGUUAAGAAACAAAGGGAGACUAGUUGUAGACUUAUGCUGCUGGGCACGACGUUGUCUAAGAAUUUACUUGUUACAGUUUCAAGGGCCGAUGGAAACUUAUGAACCAUUCACUCCUGGAAUUACGUGUUUGUGUGUGUCUGUGUGUUUGUGUAUUGUAGGUUCCAUUCAACCGCGGACGCAUGAAAAGGGACUCAAUUUGUCACAUGAUAUCAGUAUACAACUAUAAAUAUUUUUCAGCGCAGACCUAUCAGAGAUAUACAGCAUAGAGUUAAAACUUGAGUCAUUCUGAAAAAAAAAAAAAGUAAUCGAAGUUUAGGAAUUAAUUUUGCACCAGGUCCUAUGGCCUGUCUGUGAGUCUGUCUCUGUCUCGUUGUCUCGGAAAGUAUAUGAAUCUUUUGUUAAAGAUAAAGGGCAUUUUUGUUUAACUGGUUAAGCAAAGAAAGUUUUGGUCCACUUCUUCUGUUUUAUCUCUAUAGCCUCUCUAUUUAUUUCUAAGAGAUGUUCUGCCUUAUUCUUUGAGAUUAAUCCAUGCUCCUUGUCUUAGUUUAGGUAUUGGGUAAAUAGGGGUCACCUGCUGUCUGUCCUUCCAGUAAACAGUAUUAAUCGUAGUUCCUAUAGAGCCAUCCAGCUUGGGUCAAAUGAAGAUGCGUAGCUUCCCAACUGAAUACCAGUGACAAAUUCCCUUUGGCUUGCAAGAACGCUAUUUUGUUAACAGUAACAGAACCUCGACAGUUUUGUCAACAAUAAUAGCUUUGCACUUCUUGGCUGCAUUAACGAUGACAGAUUUUGGUCGCUUUUGAUGACACGAUAGAUUUUCUUGAUAGUUUUCAACAAGUAUAGAUUUUCUGCACAGUGUUUGACCAGUAAUAACACAUUUUGUAUCAUACAAAGUUAUGAUCAUUUAGUUUUCUUUACUGGUAAGAGAUUGUCGUAAUUCAUUUAUUGCCUUUUAUCAACUAUCGUGUGAACAAAUUAAAAUGAGAUUAACUGCUUUGAAAAUCCAUUUCUGUUUUUCUGUGGAGGGAAACGCAUCACUCCUCACACUUGUAUACUCGCAUAGAACACCUGUUGAUGUUCCCUACAAUGAAUAUUAACUAACUUGAUGAAUAUACAUUUCAGUGACUCUUGGUCUGUGCGAAUCCUCUUCAAUUUUGACGAAAAAAAUGUUACCCUAGAUUGUUUAUUGAAUAGUGUAGUGAUUGUUGUACUCUCUCUCUCUCUCUCUCUCUCUCUCUCUCUCUCUCUCUCUCUCUCUCUCUCUCUCUCUCUCUCUCUCUCUCUCUCUCUCUCCUUUAUUUGCAUUUACAUAAGAUCAAAUUGUACUCUUCAGUGAAUAUAUUAUUUCCAGUGUAUUGUAGCUGUCUACCUCAAUAAUUUUCUGUGUUUCUAGACGAUCAAAUAUUCAUCUGCUCUUUGCUCUGAUAAUGUGUGCAUGGGUUCAUUUGAGAAAUAGCCGAUUUCCAUGAUUUGUGUGCCCCGUAUGGGGGCAGUGCCAACAGUGCACCGCAUGUAGGCAUUACUUAAGGUCCUUUGUAGCGUGCCUUCAGCCCCUUUCAUUCCUUUUACUGUACCUCCUUUCAUAUUCUCUUUCUUCCAUCUUACUCGCCACCCUCUCCUAACAGUCGAUUCAUAGUGCAAUUGCGGGGUUUUCCUCCUGUUACACCUUUCAAACCUUUCAUUGUUAAUUUCCGUUUCAGAUCUGAAUGACCUCAUAGGUCCCAGUGAUCCAUGAUUUGUAUGAUUUUUCUUAAUAAGAUUUGAUUGGACCUAAACAUAGCGCUAAGAUAUAGUUAUGAUUUGUCAGAUAGUAUUCUUGUGACGUGAUGCACAAAUAUGUUAAUGACCUUUGCUUAUUUCUGAUGAAACCGUGACCAAAAUUUUUUUUAUAUUCUAUCUUAUCUGUAGUACAUGAAAUCGUGUAAAGAAAUUUAUUUAACUUAAAAUGUCCAUGACGGUCAUUCUGUCUACUCGAGGAAUACUUUUGAUGACUCUGUAACGCCAUUUUUCAAAUUGUGUUUGAAUAAAAUAAUGAAAAUA